GCGCCAUGUGAGGAUUCUGUUGUUGUUCGUGUGUAUCUCUAAAGGCCAUGCUCCUCAAAACAUCCAUACUAUUCACACUAUCUUACCUGCUUUUAGCGAGUUUGGUAUCGAAGACCUAUUGCAAACCACCCAUCUUGUUAGUUCCAGGAGAUGGUGGCAGUCGUCUUGAUGCCAAAUUAAACAAGACAACAGCCCCUCAUUAUGUUUGCAAGAGAAUAAAUGACUGGUUCCACAUAUGGCUCAGCCUGGAGGAGCUGCUCCCUGAGGUUAUUGACUGCUGGAGUGAUAAUAUGAGACUUGUGUAUGAUGAGAAACAUAAGCGGAUGACCAGCCCACCGGGAGUACAGAUCCGGGUGCCAGAUUUUGGCAAGACAUCCAGCGUCGCUUAUCUGGACCCCACCAUAGACCACCCUGGGGAGUACUUUGCACCGCUGAUUGACGCAUUGGUCUCGAUAGGUUACACCAAGGAUAAAAACCUGAGAGCUGCUCCUUUUGACUUCAGAUAUGCACCUGACUCUGCAGGGGAGUUCUACGCCUACUUUCAAGCACUCGUAGAGCAGAUGUUCAUGGAAGGGGGUGGAGAACCCGUCCUCGUGGUCUCACACAGCCUUGGCGUGCCUUACACCAAGUAUUUCCUAGACAGAAUACACCAGGAAUGGAAGGACAAGUACCUCCAUGCCUGGGUCACCAUAGGUGGGGCCUGGGGUGGAGCAGCUAAGCUAUUCCGGAUCAUCUCCUCUGGGACAAAUCUUGGUUUUCCUGACUUUAUUCUGAACCCGUUGAAAAUGAGGGUUGGACUGCGGACGUACGAAUCAACUACGUUUCUUUUACCGAGUGAGAAAUUCUGGGAUGUGAAGGAGCCAGUCAUUUUUACACCCAAGAAAAACUACUCCCUUUCCAACUUCGAAGAAUUCCUGGACGACCUGAACUUCCCCCUCGGUAAAACCAUCAAAGGGCUAGUCCCCCCUGUCUGGUCGGACCACCCGCCGAACGUAACCCUGUACUGCUUGUACGGGACCGGCGUGCCCACCCCUCGGACAUUCGAGUUCAAGGAGGGACAAUUCCCGGACACGUACCCCAAGACAAACUUCGGUGACGGGGACGGGACGGUUAAUAGGAAGAGUCUAGAGGGAUGUUUCCAGUAUGAGAAGACUCAGAAGCGACCAGUAGUGACGAGACAGUUCCCCAAGGCCGAACACAUGGCGAUUAUUGGGGACAAACGGGUGACGGAUUUUAUUAAGGGAUUGGUAGAGGGGUUGCCUUGAGUCCAUGGCGUCCUCUUUUAUGAUCGAUGAUUUUUUAGUUGGAAUAUUUUUCCCGUUCCCUCACAUUCAUUCAGUUCCUCUAGCAUGCUUCUUUUUUGCCGCGAGUCUAGUGCGUGUAUUUUUGGGAAUUUUUUUAUUUGUCCUCAAAUAGCAGAGUCUGCACCCCUCGAAUCUCGCAAGGCGUCUUCCCUUCGUCCAAGGGGAACGGUGGAGGGUGUUUCGGGAACUAGGGCGGCGUCAAGAUGAGUUUCUUUUUUUUAUGUUGGUGUAUUUCAUAAGCUUUGUGAUCUUGUCAAAGUAGGGUACUGAAUAAGAUUGUAUUUUUAUAAUAUACUAACUCUUUUUUAGUUGACAUUUUUUGUCAAGUGCUAUAAAACUAGUCAUCAUUUUAUGUUGCCAAAAUGUUUUAGUGUAUAGUUAUUAUAUGAUACGGUACUAAAUAAGAUUGUAUUUAUAAAAUAUAUUAACUCUUUUUAUAAUUGACAUUCUUUUUAUAAAGUGCUUGAUAAGCAGUCAUCAUUUUAUGUGGCCAAAAUGUUUAAGUGUAUAGUUAUUAUCUCAACAUCGUUGUGUGAUGUGCGCUUUAGAUGAAAAUUCUGUUAAUUAAAGUCCAUUGAUCCAACUUGCGCUAAAAUUUUGUUUUGAAUAUUUAAAACUCUUUUAAUUUCUUUCUAAAAAAAUUUCGUUUAUUGGUUGAUAUAUUUUUUAUCGUAGAAUGGAUUGGAUUUAGUGUCUGAUUUGCAUAGGGUUUUUAGCCUACAGAAACAUUCUUUUACACAAUUCGGAUCAAUGACUUUGAAACCCAUAAAAGUAUUAUUUUGUAAAUAUUAAUUUAGUUGAUGGAAUAAACUGAGAAAUUAUCAUUAAAA